CCCACCCAAACCUCAUGAAUCGCUCCCCACACCCCUCCCAAACAAAAACUUUUUCUUCUUCACCUUCUUCCAGAAGCAACGGAAAAGCUAUGGGAUUCUCCUCUCUCCUUAUUACCUCCGCUACAAACUCCCCGCUCUCCCCUUCACUUCCCUCCCCCUCUCCAACUCCUUCCCGCCAAACCCACAAAAUUUCAAACUUCAGAACCCAACGGCUACUCCUCCCUCUCUCCUUUCCUUCACCAAAAUAUAAGAGAAAUUGCUACAGACCCUCGUUUGCUUGCACCGCCGCAGGAGAAUCACCGUCGAAGGCCCUGAGGAGUAUAUUGGAGUCUCCGGGAGCUCAUCAGGGGCCCGCUUGCUUUGAUGCGCUCAGUGCCAAGCUCGUGGAGAGGGCUGGCUUCAGGUUCUGCUUCACGAGCGGGUUCUCAGUUUCGGCGGCUCGUUUGGGGUUACCGGAUGUUGGUCUUAUUUCUUAUGGAGAAAUGGUGGAUCAAGGAUAUCAAAUAACACAAGCCGUCUCAAUUCCUGUGAUUGGAGAUGGAGACAAUGGAUAUGGGAAUGAAUUGAAUGUCAAAAGAACUGUGAAAGGUUUUAUUAAGGCUGGUUUUGCAGGGAUUAUUCUAGAAGAUCAGGUUUCACCAAAAGCCUGUGGCCAUACUCAUGGAAGGAAAGUGGUUUCAAGGGAGGAGGCUGUGAUGCGCAUAAAAGCAGCUAUUGAUGCACGCAAAGAGAGUGGCUCUGAUAUUGUUAUCAUAGCACGAACUGAUUCCCGUCAAGCUGUAUCCCUUGAGGAAUCCUUACGGAGAUCAAGAGCCUUUGCUGACGCUGGAGCAGAUGUUCUUUUCAUUGACGCACUUGCUUCCAGAGAAGAGAUGAAGGCCCUGUGUGAGAUUUCUCCUUUACUUCCAAAAAUGGCUAACAUGCUUGAAGGUGGGGGGAAAACUCCCAUAUUAAAUCCUAUUGAACUAGAGGAGAUAGGAUUCAAACUUAUAGCCUACCCGCUUUCCUUGAUUGGGGUAUCAAUUCGAGCAAUGGAGGACGCACUUACUGCCAUAAAAGGAGGUCGCAUCCCUCCACCAGGGAGCUUGCCAUCAUUUGAUGAAAUAAAGGACACCUUGGGCUUCAACGACUACUAUGAAGAAGAAAAGCGAUAUAGUAUAAAUGCUGUUCAACCAUCUCCCAGGAAAGAUACAGGUUACUCUUUGGCUGACAGCAGCACUUAUAACCCAAGGAUAGAAAGAAACAAUGACGCUGAACAUAAACGUGACCCUAUUGUUGAAGUUCUAACUCCUUAUGGAUAUGAAAAUUUCAGCUCAAAUGAUUCAAGAAGUCGUACAUCUGGGAUAUGGUCUCGGACGUUGAGACUAAAAAUCACUGGAAAAGAUGGAUUAGAGAAGCUUGAUGUCAGAGUUCCUGCUGGGUUCUUGGAAGGAAUGGCGAAUGUAAUUCCAGGUUUAGGGGGUGUAAAUAUAAUUGAGAAGUUAGAGGAGGCAUCUGCUGAAGUGGUUGAUGGUGCUGAAAAAGGGAAAGUGCUUCUAGAUUUCAAUGGCACAAUGGGAGAUAGGAUUCAGGUGUUUGUCGAGUGAGUCUUAUUUUCUCCAUAUCCUCGACCUGCAUCUAUCGAUUAUUUACCUCUCUUCGAGCAAAAAAUUGUCUAUUAUUGAAAGCUUUAAAUUGAUUAGCUUCUUAUUGACAUUGUAAUUCUCGGAAAGAAUCAUUUAUUCAAUAAUUGUAGUGGUUUUCAAUCUUCUGUUGCUA